AUGCGGACUCCAACCUGCGGCCCUCUGGACUUGGCUGCUUGGCUCACCUCAGAUAGUAUGGCGAACACAACCUCCACAGCGAGCGAAGACAUCAGUGAACUGAUCGCCGUAGACGAGCAAUCCCAAGAUGUAUUCGUCUCUCGAUCAUUCCCCCAGCGCACCGGCAAUACAUUGCGAAUCGGCUACGGAGGAUGCACCACCGCAGUGAUGAUCCAAGCCGUCUGCAAGACCGUCCAACCACAAUAUCAACUCUUCUCCUUCCUAGGCUCGUUCCUCGGACCGACGAGCAUCGAUCACAAGAUUCACUGUCGAGUUGCACGGACACGAGAUACGAGGAGUCUUGCAAGCAGGGUUGUGUACGCCUUCCAGAUUCUCGAAAAUGGAUCCGAAAGGGUAUGCGCCCAGGCUUCAGCCGACUUCCACGUCCCAGAGCCCGCCCUAUACACAUACAGCAUCCCCCUACCAACCAUCGACGGCGACGGCCCCGAAGACGAACACCACGCCCCCUCAGCCAGAACCCUCCUAUCCCGCGGCAUCGAAGAUGGCCACAUCACCUCCUCCUCCGCCAACAGCUACUUCACCAACUUCCACCUCAUGGACCAGUACUUCGACUGGCGACACUGCCUAACCAGCACAUCCACCCAAACCCUCCUCAGCCUCGCCCCUCACCUCCCCACCACCCACGACUCCAAACCCCUCACCGCCCGCCCCCAAAUCGAAUACAUCCGCCUCAAAUGCCGCCUCCCGACCCCCAGCGCCAACUGGGCCGCGCUGGCGUUCUACAUGGACGGCGGACUCAGUUUCCUGCCUUUACAUCUCGACCACAAGAGUCUGGAGGACGCGGGGGCGUGCUCGACGUUGGAUUUUGCGUUGAGGGUUGUGGAGACGCGGGGGAUGGAUUUUGGGGCGUGGCAUUUAAGGGAGAGGAGGACGAUGGCGGCUGCGGGUGGGAGGACGCUGAGUGAGGGGUGGGUUUGGGAUGGGGAGGGGAGGGUUGUGGCUACGAUGUCGCAGACGGGGAUUUUGAGGCCGAGGGGGGAGGGGAAGGGGAGGGGUAAGUUGUGA